GCAUCCUCGGUGCCGGAGCGCCUGGAAGGGGCGAGCAAGCCGCCGAGCAGAGGCCAGCCAGGGGGCAGACAGCCAUGCCUGAGAAGACGUCCUUGGAAGACGGCCGGGAAAGCAGGAGGCCCUUCAAAGGGUCCUUGAGAACUGAAGAGGCCUCCACCCGAGUGAUCACCACAGUCUUCCUCGCGCUCUUCAUCGAUCUGUUGGGUUUUACGCUCAUCUUGCCACUCCUUCCUUCCAUCUUCGAUCAUUACAGCAAGAAUGAUAAUGGCUUGUACAUGACCUUGCAACAUGGGGUGGACUGGUUUGCUGAAGUGGUUGGCGUGCCUCCUGAAAGGAAGUACAACAGUGUCUUGUUUGGAGGUCUGAUUGGCUCCAUAUUCUCCAUCCUUCAGUUCUUUGCCUCUCCCCUCACUGGGGCUGCAUCCGAUUACUUUGGGAGAAGGCCAGUCAUGCUGUUGACCGUGAUGGGUCUGAUAGCAUCCUAUUCCUUGUGGGCUGUUUCCAGGAGCUUUGAGCUCUUUCUCUUCUCCAGAGUCAUUGGUGGAAUAAGCAAAGGGAACGUCAGCCUCUCCACGGCUAUCAUUGCCGAUCUGGCAUGUCCGAAAGCGCGAAGCCGGGGCAUGGCGAUGAUCGGUGUGGCCUUCUCUUUGGGUUUCACUCUGGGCCCGAUGCUUGGAGCAUACCUUGCCAUGGAGACAGAGAAGGGGGAAAUCUUCUAUCUUCAGCCAGCUCUCUUUGCUGUCAUGUUUGCAGUUGCUGACCUGGUUUUCAUUUUCUUCUUGUUACCAGAGACGCUCCCCAAAGAAAACCGGGUAUCCACUAUGACGACUGGCUUUCAGUCAGCAUCUGGCCUACUCAGUCCCUGGGCUCUGUUCCAAUUCUCUGCAGUAAGCCAAAGAAUGGACCCUCCUUCACAAAAAAAUCUCAAGAUCCUCGGUCUGGUGUAUUUCCUUUAUCUCUUCCUGUUCUCGGGACUGGAAUACACACUGAGUUUUCUUGUUCAUCAACACUUCCAGUUCAGCAGCAUGCAACAAGGAAAGAUGUUUUUCUUCAUUGGCAUUACAAUGGCUACUAUCCAGGGUGGCUACACACGCCAAAUCAAGCCAGGAAAUGAACUCAAGACUGUAAAACGGGCAAUUUUGUUUUCCAUUCCUGCGUUCCUGUUAAUUGGCUGGAGUGCGAACAUAGUCCACUUGAGUGCAGGACUGCUGCUCUAUUCCUUUGCUGCUGCCGCCGUUGUUCCUUGUUUGUCUGCAGUGGUGUCGGGCUAUGGUUCAGCAAGCCAAAAAGGAACAAUGAUGGGCAUCUUGAGGAGUCUGGGGGCCCUGGCGAGAGCCAUGGGACCAGUUGUGUCAGCAGCAGUAUACUGGAUGGCAGGAGCUCAAGUUUGUUUUACUGCCUGUGCCUCUUUGUUCUUGAUCCCCCUCCUCCUCCUGAGACGCAUUCAGGAGCAAGUGAAAGAAGAAUAAGCAGCUCUGACUACCAGGUGCCUCAGAACGCAGCAACAGCUGGCCAAGAGACCCGGUGAUGGGGCCUCCUAUUGCAUCCUGGCUAAGUCCAGCCUUAGCUGCCCCUCAAGAUCCUGCAAUGGCUUUGUGCUUUAUGGAUACGUCUGUGCGCAGACACUGGAGAGUUCAGCCCUGUUGAUGUAAUUUUGGCUGUGCUGAGCAGAAGAGCCCCCGAAGAGAAAUCUCUUUUGCUGCCUUUUGCCAUAAAAAUGGUCGGAUAUUUUGCCAACUCUCCAUGACUGUGCAGAAUAGCAAAAAUGGUGAAGCAGCAGAGUUCCAUGUGGAGGAAGGAAAAAAUUAUUAAGUGAAACAGAACAGUGUGCUCAAGGGCCACUGUCUUUGUGAGAGCGACUGCGAUGCCGUGAAAUUUCUCAAAGGGCAUCCACCCUCACUUUGAGCCUACCAAAGUGGGACUACAGUGUGUUUUUUUAGCACAAAUCAGCCAAACCCAGGGAUUCCAGGACAUAUCUGUGGGUACUUCCAAUCAUGUCUGAGGAAAUUAGAAAGGGGGUAACAGUUGCCUUAAACCAAAGACUCGAGUAGUUCACCUGCGAUCUCUGUCCCACUCUUAGCCGGGGAGGCAGCAAACAGUCUUCACACUUCUGGUACUUACUACCUUCGGGUAUGAGAACUGUAAUUAGUAGCCACGGGCAAUGCAAUUUCGUCCACUCUUCUGACUGUCUUCAUUUAAAGCAAAAUACAUGUUGUACUUGGACAAUCUCACCUACUAUAUCAACUUAGUAACCUGGACAUUUGCAAUAAAGCCCCAGAGUUAAGGAAAUAAUCAAGGGUUGUUGGGGGCUGCCAUUCUAGAACUCACACGAUUGAUUGAUUUCAAGCCAAAAGGCAGGAGUGGGUAGCGGUGAGGGAUUAUGAAAGCAAACCUCUUAGGCCACAAUGGAGGAGGCUCUCUGUUUCCCAGAAUGCUGUUCCCAUGGCCUCUGAAGGGAAGGCUAGUCUGCUGUUCGUCCUGGGGGAAAGGACCUUGCAGCCUGGCUCUGUAUCUGACCAUAAAGUCCCGGCGUUUCAAGCUCAUGGGCCUCUCACUUUUCCUUCUUUCAGCUUGAAAUAACAGAGUAACUUAUAGGAACAUGGCCCUGUUUUUUAUCCUGUUUUCUUUCUUUACUUCAUUUAUACCCAGCAUUUCUCCCCAAUGAGGACCUAAGGUGGCUUGCAACAUUAUGCAUAUGCAGGGCUUUUUUUCUGGGAAAAGCAGUGGUGGAACUCAGUGGGUUAC